AUUGUAUUUGUGUGAGAACUGAAGAUUGAGACGUCAGACGUGAAUAAAGUAGUUGCGAAGUGCGGACUUGUACAAGCAAGACGCGAAUAUGAGUUCGAUGACUUUGAUUGGGCAAAGACUGUGUUUUUAAAAAUACUACAAAAAAUUAAAUGAAAAUAUUUAGGAAACCAAGUUUUUACUCGAUCCCAUUUUAUUAAUUUCAUCACGGAAUUCGUGUCGGUUGUUUUAUAUUGAAUUAGCUACGCGGAAUUGCUAAAAUGUCGCAGCCCAAACCAAAUGAAGUCAAAGUGUCGAAAUGGUAUUUCGGUGGAUUAGCAUCAGCUGGAGCCGCAUGUAUCACACAUCCUUUGGAUUUACUAAAGGUACAGAUGCAGACACAAAAAGGCAAAAAUAUAUCCAUGAUCCAACUCACAGGGAUUGUUAUUAGAAAUCAAGGUAUCACCGGCCUUUACAAUGGUAUAUCAGCUUCUCUCCUCCGUCAACUGACAUAUUCAACAGCCAGGUUUGGCAUUUAUGAAAUGGCUAAACAAUCCCUUGCUCCUAAAGAUGGCAGCCCAGUACCAUUCUUUAUGUCAGCAUUUCUGGCUGGGCUUGGAGGCUUCGCUGGAGGAUUUGUUGGGAAUCCAGCCGAUCUUGUUAAUGUUAGGAUGCAAAAUGAUGUAAAACUACCUCCAGAGCAAAGAAGAAAUUAUAAAAAUGCGAUUCAUGGAUUAUGGAGAGUGGCUGCGGAUGAAGGUGUCUUGCGACUUUGGGCUGGUGCAUCUAUGACAUGCAGUCGAGCUGUGCUGAUGACCAUCGGGCAGUUGUCUUUUUACGAUCAGAUUAAAGUGAUACUCCUUAAAACAUCCUACUUUGGAGACAAUGUUGUAACCCAUGUCACAUCCAGUUUAUUAGCUGGUGGCAUUGCGACUACGUUGACUCAGCCAGUGGAUGUUUUAAAAACGAGGGCCAUGAACGCGAAACCAGGCGAGGUGAAGAGUAUAUUCGCCCUCAUCAGAGCCACCGGCAGGGAAGGUCCUCUAGCAUUCUUCAAAGGAUACAUUCCAGCGUUCGCUAGACUUGCGCCUCAUACUAUUCUAACAUUUGUAUUUUUGGAACAACUUAGAAUGAAUUUUGGUGUGAUUAAAUUUAAUUAAUUCCCAUUUGUUAGAUUAAAAUAGUUUUUUGUAUAUAUUGCUAAUUUGGUGUAACUGAUUGCAAUUUUCUUUUACUUGCAUUUAGUUUUAGCGGUUGAGGAUUUGUAAGUUGUUUCUGUUUCCUAGAAUGCACAUAGGAACUUAUAGACUUUGUUACUGUGAACUCUCAUAAUUCGUGUAUGUCGCUUACAACUGCCAUGUUUAAUGUAACAAGUCGAAAAAUUAUUUAUUGAGAUAUUUUCCAGCAAUAAUUUAAGAAUUCUCGCAUAAUUUGUUGUUAGGUUGAUUGAACGACGAAGUCACGUUUGGUUAUGUAUGAAUUUGUGUAUAUAUUUGGAAAUACACAUUUUUAAAAAAUAACGAUAACAUAAAUAAUAAUGAUUACAUUUGACGAGAUUAAUUAAUUACACAAAUGAGAACAUUAUAGGGUGGUGUUAAGGAUAUUAUUUCUUUUGAAGAAUUUUUACUUUUGAGAAAUUUACAACUUUACUAUUAAAUAAGAAGUAACUCUGAAGGCUUUAAGGUAUG